AUGCCCUCCUCGGAGGGAUGGCUGCUGGGCUGCGGCUGGCGCCUGCUGCUUCUGCUGAGGCGGCCGUGGACCGCGGCCGGGCUGGGCGGCCGGCUGCCGCCCACACCGCCGAAUAGUGCAGACCAGCGGGACACCAUGGACGCAAAGUCCAUUUCAAAAAUUGACUCUGUUGUUAGGGGCCCCCUUUCUAAGUGUGGUUCUCAAGCGGUCAAACUCGCCCUGGCUCAAGGUGGACAAGUCCACCAUGUUGGGGUUGUCGGUGGCUUCGCUCAGGCUGCCCUUGCGGGAGCCGGGCUGGAAGGCGCUGCCCUGGGGCAGCGGCACGGCGGCGGCCGCUGGGCCGUCGGCAAGAGGCAUUGGGGCGCCCGCGCCCGCGCCCGCGGGCGCGGGCGCGGGCACCUGCUUCUUUUCUCUGUACUCAUCGGCAAAGAGAAGCGUUGUCUUCCCGGAGCCGAUGUUCGAAUGGUUACUGCCCAUCAUGCCGGAGCGCGCGUGUUUGUUUCUGUUGUAGGCUGUGAACUGGUCCAAAAUACCCACCAUUGUUGUGUUGGUUCUUCGUUUGGUGCUUUGUGCGUGUGCUGGCGACCUUCUUUUUGUAUAUCUCUCGGCUUUUUAUAA